AUGUUCAAGAGCGGCAUUUCCUCCUUCGCCCGGGCGGCUCGCCCUUCCUUUGCGGCGAACGCUUCCCGUCGCGCUAUCAGACCUUCCACCUUCAGAUUCCCUGCCUCCAGCAGAUUUGCCAGCACUGCCGGUGUUGGUGAUGGAAAGAUCUACCAGGUUAUUGGUGCCGUUGUCGACGUCAAGUUCGACACCGCCAAGCUCCCUCCCAUUCUCAACGCCCUCGAGACGACAAACAACGACCAGAAGCUGGUUCUUGAGGUCGCGCAACACUUGGGUGAGAAUGUCGUCCGCUGCAUUGCCAUGGACGGUACCGAAGGUCUCGUCCGUGGCCGUCCUGCCACCGACACUGGUGCCCCCAUCACCAUUCCCGUCGGUCCCGCGACUCUUGGCCGUAUCAUUAACGUCACUGGUGACCCCAUUGACGAGCGUGGCCCCAUCAAGACCGAGAAGCGCCUCCCCAUUCACACCGAGCCCCCUCUGUUCAUCGACCAGUCCACCACCGCCGAGGUUCUCGUCACUGGUAUCAAGGUCGUCGAUCUCCUCGCUCCCUACGCUCGUGGUGGAAAGAUUGGUCUUUUCGGUGGUGCCGGUGUCGGCAAGACCGUCUUCAUUCAGGAGUUGAUCAACAACAUCGCCAAGGCCCACGGUGGUUACUCCGUCUUCACUGGUGUCGGUGAGCGUACCCGUGAGGGUAACGAUCUGUAUCACGAGAUGCAGGAGACUUCCGUCAUUCAGCUUGACGGCGAGUCCAAGGUCGCCCUGGUGUUCGGUCAGAUGAACGAGCCCCCAGGUGCCCGUGCCCGUGUUGCCCUGACUGGUCUUACCAUUGCCGAGUACUUCCGUGACGAGGAGGGACAGGAUGUGUUGCUCUUCAUUGACAACAUUUUCCGUUUCACCCAGGCCGGUUCCGAGGUGUCCGCCCUUCUGGGUCGUAUCCCCUCUGCCGUCGGUUACCAGCCCACCCUCGCCAUCGACAUGGGUGGUAUGCAGGAGCGUAUUACCACCACCAAGAAGGGUUCCAUUACUUCAGUCCAGGCCGUCUACGUCCCUGCUGACGAUUUGACUGAUCCCGCCCCCGCCACCACCUUCGCUCACUUGGACGCCACCACCGUCUUGUCCCGUGGUAUCUCCGAGUUGGGUAUCUACCCCGCUGUCGACCCUCUUGACUCCAAGUCUCGUAUGCUGGACCCCCGUAUUGUCGGCCAGGACCACUACGACACCGCCACCCGCGUCCAGCAGAUUCUCCAGGAGUACAAGUCCCUCCAGGAUAUCAUUGCCAUUCUGGGUAUGGACGAACUUUCCGAGGCUGACAAGCUCACCGUCGAGCGUGCCCGUAAGAUCCAGCGUUUCCUGUCCCAGCCCUUCACCGUUGCCCAGGUUUUCACUGGUAUCGAGGGUAAGCUGGUCGACCUGAAGGAGACCAUUGCCUCCUUCAAGGCCAUUCUUUCUGGUGAGGGUGACAACCUUCCCGAAGGUGCCUUCUACAUGGUCGGUGACUUCGCCUCGGCCAAGGAGAAGGGUGAGAAGAUUCUGGCGGAGUUGGAGAAGAACUAA